AUGCUCGACCUUACAGGAAAAGUGGCCCUGGUCAUUGGACUGGGCCAAACAGGUUCAGAAGGCUGGGGAAUCGGCGCUGCCUGUGCCAUCACCUUUGCAAAACAGGGCGCCAUCAUAUUUGGCGGAAACCGUACCAUUGAGUCGACGGCCAAGACUACAAAAGCGAUUGAGGAGGCCGGCGGCGUUUGUGACGUUGUCGUAACAGAUGCCACAUCCUCUGCGUCUGUGAAAGCGCUCGUGGACGCCUGCCUUGCCAAGCAUGGCCGUAUCGACAUUCUCCUCGCCAAUGUAGGCCAAUCCCAGCCGGGGUGCCCCGCAACCAUGUCUGAGGAGACGUGGGACUCUCAGAUUGAAUUGAAUCUCAAGAGCGUGUACCUCGCAUGUCACCACGUUCUGCCUGUUAUGGAGAAACAGGAGACGGGAGGGAGCAUCGUGUGCAUCUCAAGCAUUGCGGGUUUGAGGUACAUCGGCAAGCCUCAGAUUGCAUACAAUACGACAAAGGCGGCCAUUAUGCAGUUCGUCAAAGCCACUGCCGUCAUUUACGCGCCGAAAAAGGUGCGGCUGAAUACAGUGGUGCCGGGGCUGAUGGAGACGCCUUAUACCAAGAGUUUGGCGUCGCGUUUUCCGAUGGAGGGUGGUUAUGAAGCGUUCAAAAAGAUGAGAGACGAUCAAGUUCCAAUGGGCCGGAUGGGAGAUGCUUGGGAUGUUGCGAAUGCGGCGGCGUUUUUGGUUUCGGACGAAGCAAGGUACAUUACAGGACAGAGGAUUGUCGUCGAUGGUGGUAUUACAUCGUCUACUGGACGCACAUAG